CUUUUGUCGGGUCCAUACUAGCUGGGUUAAGGUGAGUGUGAAUGAGCGUGAAUGUGAAUGCGCGGCAGGUGGCAUAUAAAAGGAUCCUUGAGUUUACACAAGAUAACAAUUUCUCUUCCACUCACAUCUCCCUCCAUCUAUCUCUUGAGCAAACAGAGAUUAACAGACAGACAACUAUCAACAUGUCCACCAUGUAUCACCCUCUUACUGAACACAAUCUCUCCCUCCACAACCAAUCUCAACACCAGGACCUCAACCCCCCAGUCCCCACCAGAACCUGGAUCGACUCCCUCAUUGCCUCUGAACGCACCCACCUCUUCACCACCCAACUCGCCCUCUCCCUAUCCAACCUCCCACCCAUCAACAUCGAUAUCGACGCAGACCUCCAGCAUAUCACAGACCUCCCACACAGCCCAUCCCUGAAGCUCUUCGAGCACACACACCACCAGACCAUGCACCAGGAGACGCCAUUGGAGCGCUUCUUGACCCCGGGAUACAGUGAUCCCUGCUACGUGGUGAAGUCCGCGUUGGCAGGUAUGGGCGUGCAGUUUGGGAGUUUGGAGGGUGGUGAGGCGCGGAGGAAGAUGGCGAGGGAGAAUGUAGAGGUUGUGAGGGUUGUGAGUGCUAGUGCUGGUGGGAGUACGAGUGAGGGUUCAUAGAAUUGGGGUUGGGUUAGGGUUCUUGACUGAUUGCAUGGAUUGUUCCAACUUGAUGAUCUGAGGGAUGAGUUAGGGUUCUAGUAC